UUUAAUAUCAAAUGUACUAUCAAUCGGGCCUAGCCCUGUGGUUACCUGUAAAAAAAAUUGCCAUCAGUCAACAUGGAGCCUGAAAACUUCACGCAAUAUUUUUCAACGGAAGCCAUGUUGCCAGUACUAUACCUGACCUCUGAACUCGCCAGUGUGCCAGCCCUCCGCCAUAUUGACUGUUGUCUUGCCUAGAGAAGAUAGGGAACAUUUGUGGUGCUAGAAGAAUCGAAAGUGUGUCUUAUUGAACCUGUUAACUGGUGCAAACUGGGCCAAAGGGUACUAAGGAGACUUUCGCGAUGGCAAGGAAGAAAAGCAAACAGCAAGGAGUCGGUCAGAAGGAUGCAUUGUCCGGACAGCAGCAGACCUUAUCGAAGAGCCCUGUCUCUCCCGGCGUUGCAGCUGGCGCUGGUGGCGGUGGAGAUGCAGGAGUGGAUAGACUGGCCAGGGCGAAUCAGUCAAUGCAUACUUGCUGCUUGCUGUGCCAUCGAGAGUUCAAGGAUUGGGGGGCAAGUUCUGUGAACGGGCUCCCCGCUCCCAAGUUGGCAGACGCGGUGCCUGCGCUGCCUCAGGCUCUCCUUCGGGAGGUCCCAGGCCGUAAACAAGCGGACUCGGUGCCUUCUCUGCUGGGCGAAGUGCCACUGUGGAUCUGCCAGAGCUGCAAAAAGAGCGUGGAGGAGGACGAGAGGAGGGCAGUGCAGGAGCAGGUUACUCCGGCGUCCUUGUCACACUCCUCCACCUGUAAGUCGCAGACCUGUGGCAACGGUUUCCCCGAGCAGAGUUCGGUGGACUGGGACCCCAGCUCCUUCCUGUCGGCGCACAAGCUCUCGGGCCUGUGGAGUUCCGCCCACAGCAACGGUGGCGGCGUGCCACAGCACUGCACCCACAACGCUGCCUCGCACUCGCAACAAGGUGGAACUGUGGGACCAAGUUGUCACGAGAAGAGAUCAUGUCACGAUGCUCCUGGGAAAGCCCCUAAAGUGACAGGGCCUAAGGUCUGUCCCUACAGUCAUCCAGCAUCCCAGAAUUCCAGUGCAACGUCUCCUGGUUCACCACUGUCUACCUCUGCAGACCUCCACAAGACCACCCCUAAACACUUCAAAACAAUGUGCAGGCGACCAACCCCUCCAGGAGAAGCGUUCCACCCAGCCGACCACCACCAACACUCGGACCUGUCGGUGCCGCCUAACAGUCCCACCGGCCUCUCCUCCCAGCAUUCCUCGCUGCUGCAGCCCAAGCAGACCUCUGGCAGCGGCGGUGGCGGUCAGCACGUUCACGCAGGCUCCGCCAGCUCGGGUCUGGCACCCUCGCACGCCCCCUUCUCCCCCCUAACACCUGGAAGCCUGCACGCCCCACCAUCCAAGCACCCCCCUGCCGGGUCGGAGGGCCCCAACGCCCUGCACAAAGCCGGCACCUGCAAGAACUCCCACAUUCCCACAGUCAACUCGCAGCAUGGCAAGCUGGCCACUCCCAUCAUGGGCUGUAACCACCCGUGCAACGGCCACAACGGAAUCGUGGCCGCCCUUAACGCAGGCCAGGUUGUGACGGCAGGGGCCGCAACGUGCAGGGACCAGGCGUGUAAAGGACACAAGCUGGCAACGGCCAACGGGACACUGUGCCACCCUCCGUGUGAGCUGGAGGAGGGCGACGACGAGGACAGCAGCUCGGAGAGGAGUUCCUGUGCAUCCUCUUCCACCAAUCAGAAGGAUGGCAAAUACUGUGACUGCUGCUACUGCGAGUUCUUUGGACACAACGCGCCUCCUGCAGCACCGACCAGUCGGAACUACGCCGAGAUCCGCGAGAAGCUGCGUACGCGGCUGACCCGACGCAAAGAGGAGGUGCCGCAGAGACAGGACUCGGACCCGGCCGUGCCCAGCGCCGACCACCGGGACGUGGACGAGCUGCUCGACUUCAUCAACAGCUCCGAGCCCAAGCCCGUGAACAGCGCCAAGGCGGCCAAGAGAGCCAGGCACAAACAGAAGAAAAAAGAGAAGGAGAGGGCUCAACAGACUAACAUGGACGAGGCUAUGUCGUGCGACCAGCGCGACUCCCCAACGGAGCCCGGCGAGGACGGCGAGGCCCCGGACGGCGAGGCCAGUCGGCUGCUGGAGUGGCCUCAGCUGGAGCUGGAGCGGGUCAACAGCUUCCUGACCAGCCGUCUGGAGGAGAUCAAGAACACCAUCAAGGACUCCAUCCGGGCGUCCUUCAGCAUGUACGACCUCAACCUGGACGUCAACGACUUCCCCAAGAAGGCGGCCACGCUAGAGGGCAACCACCUGCUGUCGCACCUCAACGGCUCGUCCGACCUGCAGCCCAUUGACCUGGACAUGGCGCCGCUCUCGCUGCGUGACCUCAAGAGGGACCUGGAGCUGGUCAACGGCUGGGAGGACGCCGCCGCUGCUGCUGCUGCCGCCGCCGCCGCCGCGGCUACUACAACCACCACAAACGCCUCCACCGCUGCCAAUGACCCUGCGACCGCCAAGGACAUCCAGCGGCUCAACUCCACCCCGAGCCUGUCCAAGCUCAUCCGUAUCCGAUCCCCCGAGAGGAGUCCGGCGGCGGGCUCCGAAGCCACCGAGCCGGGGCCGGCCCCGCCAGCCAAGCCCAAGGACGAGGCCCCCGACGCCAAGAACACCACUGGCGCCGGAGCCAAGACGAAGAAGGGCAAGAAGCAGCAGCAGCAGAGACAACAGCAGGAGACGCAUUCCCAGCAGGAGCACAACGCAGCCAAACCCGCCAAAGCGGGACAAGAGUUGCAGAAGGGCCCUGAAAGCCGGCCAGUCGUGGCAGCAGACGCUGAGAAACCCUCCAAGGGUGGCUCAAAGCAGGCCUCUCAGGGCCAGGCCACAUCUGAGAGCCAGAGGAAUGGACACAAGAAGACGGAUGACUCCAAAGCACCCAAGCAGCAGCAGCAGCAAAACGGCUCUGUGAGCGGCAUUCCCAACUCCGCCUCCAGCACGGCGAGAGGGAAGAACGACGGGGACGCUCGGGGGAGCAGGUUGGAACAAGACCCCGAAGGCAAAGCCAACGCCAGCACUCUAGCACACUCCCAACAGCAGCAGCAGCAGCAGCAGCCUAAGGGCAAGAAUAAGAAGAGCAAGAACAAGCCAGACAAAUCCAGCAGUGCUAUCGAUGAUGUGUUCCUCCCCAAAGACGUUGAUCCAACAGAAAUGGAUGAGAUUGAUCGUGAAGUUGAGUACUUCAAGAGGUUCUGCCUUGACUCGGCCAAACAGACACGACAGAAGGUGGCUGUUAACUGGUCAAACUUUAGCCUCAAAAAGAUGCCCUCGAACGCAGCACAGUAAUGGAAACUCGCCAAACGGAGAACCGAGUCCUUACUCCCUGACCUUCCAACGUGACUGUACUCAACACAAUACACCUGACCUUACCAGCCCAGACUGAGAUCCAUCAUCAAAACCCACAAACACACACACACACACACACACACACACACACACACAUACACACACAUGGGGUUCACACAGACUGUCAUACUUGGAACUGUCAUUUUUCUUUGCUCCCAACAAAUGGAAUUUUACACACAAAAACAACAUGUCCAUACUCAUCCCUGAACCUGCUAGCGGUUGAUGUUGCGGGAGCCGCUGUCCUGUCAACUACAACAUUGCAAAAAAAAAAAAAAAAACA